UUAUGUAGCUUCCCAUAGGUGAAAUUAUUUUAUAGUCAAAGCAAUAGUUUUGGAGCAUAUAAGGAGCAAGUAUUAAAAAAAUAUAUAUUAAUUAAGCACCUCACUAGAUGGCGACUCUAGCAAAAGUUGAUUUUUGCAGGAAACGAAUGGACUAAAGGUAGUCAUUUCCGUUCCUUUUAACUAACAUAUUAAAAAACUGAAAUUUGCAAAGUUCGAAACUCAGAUAUCAAUACAAAUACGAAAAAGUACAAAUAGAAUAUUAGUUUGAGUUUACUAUAUUGAAAAUUAAUAUUAUUUAAUUUGAAAUAAAACAAUUUAGUUUUAAACAUGAUUAAUUUAUUUUCAGAAACCUAAACAUAAACAGUGUGAUAUAUGCCUUGUCUUUGUAAAAAAGUCUAUGAUAAAUGACCAUAGAGAGCAACACCAUUUCAAGUACAAUUGUCAGUUUUGUGAUUACGUUGCCUACAGUUUGAUCGAAGUUUCGAAGCAUCUAGAAGUUGAACAUAAUCUUGAAGUCGCCGUACCGAAAAUUAAGGUAUUUUUUUAGAGUUCCGCACCCAAAUUGUAAGAACGGAACCCUAUUACUGAGACUCUGUUGUCCGUCCGUCUGUCACCAAAAUGUGGAUACAUUUAUAUUGCAGUUAGAAUGUAGAUCAGAGGUUCCCAAACAAUUUUUUCUUGUAGACCAUUUUAAAAAAGUUACUGGUUUCGGUGGACCCCCCUGCUGCUACAUUUUUACCAUAUUUCCAAAAUGUACAAUAAACCUCUAUUUUUAUUUCACGUCAACGUAAACCCCCGUUGAAUCCCUCGUGGACCCCUGGGGGUCCACCUGGACCACUUAGGGAAUCACUGUUGUAGAUAGUAUUUUUUAAAGCGGCAACACAAACAUACCAUCUGUGAAAAAAAAUUAACUAUUCAACUAUUACGGUUCAUGAGAUCCGGUAUGGUGACAAACGGACAGACAGCGGAGUCUCGGAGAUUUACGCUCUAGGUACGGAACCCUAAAAAUGGUUCUAAAGUACAUUUUCAAGGUGGACAGAAAGAUAAUUUAUAUUUUUAGGGUCAUAAGAAAACUAAUGCAAUCCUUCGACCUGGUUCAAAACCGCGUAGGAACCAAGCCAUGAUGGACAAACGGACACCACACGGUUAUAUGUGUAUGGAGUGCAAUAAAUAUUUCGAUAACAAAAAUCAAAGAUGGAAACAUAUCCAGAGGCAUCAUAGAGAAGGCUAUAAGUGUACUACUUGUGGGAAGAGGUUUGCGUUCAAAAAUAACUUGAGCCGGCAUGAGCAGAUGCAUCAGGGUCCACCGAAGCGUGAAGAAUGUCCCGUAUGUCACAAGAUGGUACGUGUGGAUUUACAGAAGAUACAUUCCAGGAUACACACGCAGAGGGACAGGUUCACAUGUGCGGAAUGUGAUAAGUGUUUUGUAAGUCGGGCGUCUUACGAACACCAUUUGAAAUAUACACAAGCGCAUGCCGCCGUCGACAUACUAAAGUAUAAAUGUUCUAUGUGCGAUAAGGGCUAUCGUUCGCGAGGGGAGUUAAGAGACCACAUGAACUACCAACAUAUGGGCAAGACACAACACAAAUGUCCAAUAUGUGGAAAAGUGAGUAUCUAGUUAAUAGCGCAUCAAGUAAUAUUAUAGGGUUAAAAAACAAAAAAAACUAAAGAUAAUGUAACUAGUACAAGUUUAAACUUAAGAGUACUCAAUGCGUUUAAAUUUGACGUUCCGGGACUUCUUAAUAAUCCCGGAGAUUGUCCGGGACUUUGUCUUAAAUAUAUGUCUAUAGUGUAAGCUUCCUUGCUAUGUGUAAUUUUACCUUUCGCAAUGAAUUUAAGUAUUUACUAUAUAAAAUUUGUGUUUUAAUAUUUUUUAUUAAUUAAUUGUUAAUAUAUAAUAUAGUAUGUCUCAAAUGUUAUAAUAACAUUUAAACCCCGUCGUAUUUUGCUAUCUCAAGGCCGCCAUCGUUAUGUAAUCUCAGUUCAGUAUUUAAAGAUUUUAUCUGUAAAAUGUAGUAUCGUAAAUAGAGAAUCGGCUGCUUUGCAGUUAUAAUAAAAAAAUAUAUAUGUUGGAAAUUUUAUCUUGCUAUUUAUAAGCAGUGGAUCACAGUAACCGAAACGCCGGCCAUAACGUGGCAUCGUGUGACGUCACAUUUCAAUAAAAGUCGAUGUCUUUGUGGCGAGUGCAACCAGUGCCCAUGUUUAUUGAAAUGUGACGUCACGUCUCAUAAUGUCACAUAUAUGCUUUCCUUUAUUUAAUAACGGUUUGGAGAAAAAUCAAUCUGAAGGUCGUUUUAUUUGAUCAUAUUUAAAAUACUUAUCCCAAAACAGUGAAGUAGCCAAUUAUCUAUCCAUAUAUAUACAUAUAUAAUUUAUUAACAUGAUAUUGUAAGCCUAAUGAAAGUGCUUUUUCUUAAAACUACAUAGUUUAAAAAGGCUCCUUCAAUGUUUCAAAAAAAGAUUUUUUUUUUUUUUUCUUAUAACAGGCGUUAGCGACUCGUCGGUGUAUAACGCGUCAUGUGCGAAGAGCACACGAUGGUGUGAAAGAGAACGCUAGAGACAAGAUCUGCCAACAGUGCGGCAAAGCAUUCCGGGUGAGAAUCUAUACUAAUACUAAUAUUAAGAGGAAAGAUCUGUUUUUUUGCACUGAGUGGGCUCCGAAAUUAAUGGACCGAUUUUUAAAAUUCUUUCACUUAGAGGAAACAAGGUUUCUGUUGUACAUGUACUUAUAAAUAUUGAAAAAUAAAAAUACUUUUUCUUACAAUAAUUUGGAAAAUGUUACUCUUUGAAAAUUUGAAAAUAAUGGCCGAUAUUUUGGUUUCUUUUUAAUGUCUUUUUUAUAUAUUAAUUUACAGGAUAAAAAGGGUUUGCGCGAACACGAAUUUAUACAUACGGGCGAACGUCCUCUGUCUUGCGAAAUAUGCGGAUGUACAUUCAGACAGAGCGCUUCUCUAUAUACACAUAAGAAGAGGGUACACAAGAUAUUCCCGAGCAAGAAAAACGUCACCCUACUUGAAAAUGUGACGUAGUUGCGAAAAACAAAGUUCAACGCCAUCUAGCAACAGCUGUUGGAACCUAGCGAAAAAAUGUGUACAACAUGUGUUGGAACUAAGUGAGAAAUAAGUACAACGCCAUCCAGUGACAGUUGAUUGAAUUUAUGUAGACUUUGGUUAAAAUAAAAGAUGUCUGUGAAGAAACGUUUUGGGUUUUAUUAGUUUGUGUUAUUAAAUCUCAAACUUUGUCAUACAAAUAGAUUAUAAAUAUAAAUGAAUAUUCACCUAAAUUUCACUUAAGCUAUAUUACUAGUGACGACUUUAUAAAAAU